GGAGAGCCCUUACCAGUGAGAACUGUAAAGGCGAUUGAUUCCAACUCACGCUUUGGGAAAUUAGGAGCUGGGUUUCGUGCAUGUGUUUGCAAUACAUGUUAGAGACCGAUUUCAUUCAAAUAUUUACAUCGCUUUCAAUAGUGGUUUCAUAGAGUGAACAUGACCACGUUAUCCUUGCUGGUCAUAGCCAUUUCUGCGGCUUUGAUAGCUGCAGAAUCAUCUGUGUAUCUCCGAGAACAGUUUGAAGAUGAUGGCUGGGAGAGCCGAUGGAUUGAGUCCAAACACAAAUCCGACUAUGGAAAGUUCGUUCUUUCUGCUGGGAAAUUCUAUGGUGACUCUGAGAAGGAUAAAGGCCUCCAGUCCAGCCAGGACGCCCGCUUCUACUCCCUCUCCGCCCGCUUCGACGACUUCAGCAACAAGGGCGAGCCACUGGUCAUCCAGUUCACAGUGAAGCAUGAGCAAAACAUUGACUGUGGUGGUGGCUACAUCAAGCUCUUCCCCUCCAGCCUGAAGCAGGAGGAGAUGCAUGGAGAUUCUGAGUACAACAUCAUGUUCGGACCUGACAUCUGUGGCCCUGGAACUAAGAAGGUUCAUGUGAUCUUUAACUACAAGGGCAAAAACCACUUGAUCAACAAAGACAUCAGAUGCAAGGAUGAUGAGUACACCCACCUGUACACUCUGGUGGUCAACCCAGACAACACCUACGAGGUAAAGAUCGACAACAAGAAGGUCGAGUCCGGCAGCCUGGAGGAGGACUGGGACUUCCUGCCACCCAAGAAGGUCAAGGACCCCGAGGCCAAGAAGCCCGACGACUGGGACGAGAGGGAGAAGAUCGACGACCCCGAUGACACCAAGCCCGAGGACUGGGACAAGGCUGAGAACAUCCCUGAUCCUGAUGCCAAGAAGCCCGACGACUGGGAUGACGAGAUGGACGGAGAGUGGGAGCCCCCCAUGAUCACCAACCCCGAGUACAAGGGUGAAUGGAAGCCCAAACAGAUUGAUAACCCAGCUUACAAGGGUAAAUGGGUCCACCCCGAGAUGGACAACCCUGAGUACACCGCUGACCCUGAGAUCUACAAAUACGACAGCAUCGGAGUUAUUGGACUGGACCUUUGGCAGGUAAAGUCUGGCACCAUCUUUGACAACUUCCUCAUCACCAAUGACCCCAAGCUGGCAGAGGAGGUUGGAGAUGAGACGUGGGGAGCAACCAAGGGCCCAGAGAAGAAGAUGAAGGAGUCCCAGGAAGAGGAGGACCGGAAAAAGCGUGAGGAGGAGGAGCAGAAGAGGAAGGAGGAGACCAAGGAUGAGGAGGAGGAGGAGGAGAAGGAAGAGGAAGAGGAGGAGGAAGAAGAGGAGGAAGAAGAGGAGGAGGAGGACGACAAGGAGGAAGACACAGACUCUCAACUGAAGGAUGAGCUAUAAAGUGGGCCUAGGGACUGGUGAAGAAACGGCCCACUGAGGGGGAACUGGGUG